CCCGCCGGUGGAAGGAGGAAAGGCUUCGCCGCCCUUCGCUUUGUUGGGCUGCUACUCUCUCAAAGUCAUGGCGCCGUCUCUAUGGAAGGGUCUGGUGGGCAUCGGCCUCUUUGCACUAGCCCACGCCGCUUUUUCCGCUGCGCAGCAUCGUUCUUAUAUGCGAUUAACAGAAAAGGAAGAUGAAUCACUGCCAAUAGAUAUAGUUCUUCAGACACUUCUGGCCUUUGCAGUUACCUGUUAUGGUAUAGUUCAUAUUGCAGGGGAGUUUAAAGACAUGGAUGCCACUUCAGAACUAAAAAAUAAGACAUUUGAUACAUUAAGGAAUCACCCAUCCUUUUAUGUAUUUAACCAUCGUGGUCGUGUACUGUUCCGGCCUUCGGAUACAACCAGUUCUUCAAACCAAGAUGCAUUGUCCUCUAACACAUCAUUGAAGUUACGAAAACUCGAAUCACUGCGUCGUUAACAUUUUUACAAAUUAUAGCAAUAGGACAGGACACAGAGCUGAAAUAUUGAAUUUGGGGUAUAAAACACUCCCCCCCAUCAGUACUUAUAUAUUGAUCUUUCAGGACUAAUUUUAAAAAACCCAUAGCACUUAUUUGUACACUGUUAAUCAAGUCAUUAAGCAGUAUAAGUUAUCUGUGAAAUGAGUCUUUGAUCUUUCUUGUAAUGAAUUUUUCUUUCAUUUGAAACAAAUUCAUGUCUUUUGUAAAAGUCACUGUUUUGAAAACAUUGAAAAAUGUUGGAGUUUUUAGCGAUUAUUUAUUUUCUUAGAUUUCUUUUGCACUACAGUUUUUAGGAUCCUUAUUAUUAUUAUUUUAAAGAUGACUGGUAAGGGGAUCUUAACCCUUGACUUGGUGUUGUCAGCACCACGCUCACCCAGUGAGCUAACCAGCCAUCCCUAUAUGGGAUCCGAACCCGGGGCCUUGGUGUUAUCAGCACCACACUCUUCCGAGUGAGCCACGGGCCAGCCCCUUUAGGAUCCUUUUAGAAAUACUGUGUGACUACUGCAUUUUGCAGCAUGAUUUACAGUAAAAUGGUCUUCAGUUCUUAACAAAUGGACUUCCCUAAUGAGACCAAAAUGGUGACUUAGUUUUUCUUGUGCCCCUAAAAAGUGGCUCUGCUUCAGCAGAUACUUGUCAGUUUUUAAUUUAUCCAUGACUUCUCAACCCACCCUGCUCCCAAAUACCUUCUGACAUCAGCUGUCUUGUUUUAUCACUUCUCUGAGGUUCUGUGUGCAGAAUUUCUUUGUCAUAACAAAUAGGUUUAACAAGCUCAGCUUGUUGUAAAGCUACCUGUGUUCUCUUUGUUUAUCUGUAAAAAUUUCCCCUAAUUGAUUAUGUAGUCUAAGAAUAGUUAAGAUAGACCAAAAAAGAUCAUUUGUGAUUUCAUUGUCCUGCCCGUGUAGAAGAAUAGUAAUCAUGGAGGAAAACUAGUUACUUGUCAUUACCCAGUUUAACUUAAUCAAAGUCUCAGUUUAUUUCAUAUUAAACUAAAGAAUUAGUGAAAAUAAAGGAAACUUUUCAUCUGAAGUCAGACUUCAAAGGAAUUGGGCCAAAUAUGUUCUAAAUAUUUGGAACUGAUAUCUUUAUUAGAAAAUUAAGGUCAUUUAAGAAAUUGUUUUGUAGCUUCUGAUUUAUAGCAGGCUUAGAGUUUUCCAUCUUCAUAUGUUGCUGAAGGUAAGGAUGAGGAUACAGAGAUGAAUUUUUUUUAGAAACAGAAGUUUUACUUUUAGGAAAAUUUGGCUAGCUCUUUGAGCUAGAAAGCUGCAGGAAGCUAAGCAUUUCUCUGUAGAGAACAUUGCUUUUAUUGAAUUGUACAGUUAUAAAAGCAUUGCUUUUGUUGAAUUGUAUAGGUGUAAAGGGAAUAACUGUAUGCAAGUUCAAAAAGGAAUUACUUUAGGCAAGAGUCAUAAGACGCCCUUAAACUUGAUGGCAUUUUUUCCAUUAGAAAUGAACCUCAGCUGAUAACACACAGCCUCAAAGCAUGAGAUUAUUUUGUCAUUGGGUUUUUAUUGUUGUUUUUUAGUUUAGUUUUGUUUUGCCAACCCAGUUUGUUUGUGGAACACUGACUUUGCUCUGUAAUGAGAACAAAGUUAGAAAUCUGCUGAUUACCUGAGAUAAUUUAGAAUUCAAUUAAAAAUGUGAAAUAAGGUAUAAAAGUGAUGAAAAUUAAAUUUAAAUAGUGUUUAAGAAACAACUUCCUUAUAUCAGACUUGUCUAACAUUUCCUCAGAUAUGACUUGAUUUGGGAGAACCUCUUGUUUUCUUCUCUUUUGGGGCUUUCUUUUCUAAUAUAUUUUUGUAAUAAUGUCAUUGAGAUAUAAUUCACAUACCUUAUAAUUCACCCAUUUAAAGGGUACAAUUCAGUGAUUUUUAAUAUAUUCAUAAAGUUGUACAACCAUGAUCAUAAUCAAGUUUAGAACAUUUGAUUACCCCCAAAAGAAUCAUGUACUCUUUAGCAGUCACCUCUCAUUUUCUCCCUAUGCCCCUCAGCCCUAGGCAACCACUGAUCUACUUCCAUCUUUAUAGAUUUACCUAUUCUGGUCACUUAAUAGAAAUUGAUUCAUAUAAUAUCUGGUCUUUUGUGACUGGCUUCCCAAAUAUGUUUUUAUGUGGAGUGAGAAAAUCUUCUCAUCUUGAGAACUUUUAUUGCUAUGAAAGGAAGUGGUUAGUAAAAUCAGUCCUUAAGGAGGGAGGGCCAGAUACCUUACAGGUGUCGCAGUUAAUCUUACACUGAAUAGUUUUUCCUCACAGCCAAGCAUUCAUGAUGUACCACUACUUAGAAUAUUUUGGCUAGUCUCUGGAAUGGAUAUUGGAAUCUUUGCCUGCCCAGUCAGGAAAGUCCUGCUAAAAAUGAUGCCAAAUAAUUUGGCAGAUAAUUGACAUAGCAGUUUUCAGGUGUGUCUACCUUUGCUAGCAGCUUGUAUAUCUCAGGCCAGGUGAGCUCCCCAGAUUUCUUUUUUAAAUCACUUCAAUGAAUUUCUGCUGUCUUUUCAAGUAUUUACCAUAGGACUAAAGAUGAUUUGCGUGCAUUACAAUACUGCUAAAUGUACUAAGUACAGAAUUUUAUUUACAAUACUGUGAGACAGUACAUUACUGCCUAGGGUAGUUCAAAAAGAUAGUGAUGUGAGCUAGUUAAGCCUGUAGUUGACUGUGAUUUCAGUGACAUUCAGAAGUGUGUACCAAUCAGAGUUCUCUACAAUAUAGGAAGACUCACUUCUUAAUAAACAGGGAACUAGCUGAAUACUAUGGGCUAAUGGCCCAGUUGCAGAAAAUACAGAUUCUGUGAAUUGGAGACUAUUAUGCUCUGUAAAUCCCUAAUGCUAGUUACCUAAGCGCUGUGGCUUACUUUUGAGUGGCAUGACAGCAUCUUUCUGGUUGUAUGUGACCUGUUUCCAUGAUGUAUUGAGUACUGUUGUUUGUUGUGAGCAUCAAUGCCUAUAACACCAAGAUAAACACAUUAUUUUUGGAUAUGUUUUCUCUCUUUAAAUGAUGUUGCCCUGUCCAAUAAAUAAAUAAUUCUCUCACCCUGUUUUUGGUAGUGUUUUAUUUUUAUUUUAUUUUUUUACUUU